CUGUCGGCCGCGUCUCCGAUGGAGGCCACCCGCCUCCUGGACGCCGGCUGCCUGGGGCGCCUGGGGCGACCGCUGCCCGGGCCGUACUCGCCGUUCGGGACGCCCAUCGCCCCGUACUCGGUGCCGGCGUACUCUCCGCACCACCCGCACGUGCCGUACUCCAUCGAGGGCAUCUUGCACGGCUCGCACCACCCGGCCCACCACGGACCGCUCGGGCUCGUGGUGGCCUCUAGUCCCGGCCACGCGGCCCUGGUGGGUUCUAGGAGCGUGCUCGGACACCACAGGAUGACGUCGGUGGCGCCGUCGGGGCACCAGCAGCAUGGAUCGCAGCAGCAGCACGUUACCGGUGCUUCGAGGACGUCGUCUGCUGCCUCUCACAAGUCCAAAAGCAAAUCGUCCUCGGCGUCGAGCGAGUCCUCCCAGCUGUACCAGCUCAUCCAGAACGCGUCGUCAAACUUCAAAGACAAAUACGCCGAGUCGGACAAAGAUGGCGGCGGUAGCAAUGGCGGCGGAGGCGGCGGCAAGCGGCGGCGGACCCGGACCAACUUCAACGGCUGGCAGCUGGAGGAACUCGAGAAGGCCUUCGAAGCGAGCCACUACCCCGACGUGUUCAUGCGGGAAGCCCUCGCCAUGCGAUUGGACCUCAUCGAGUCACGUGUUCAAGUCUGGUUCCAGAACCGGCGGGCCAAAUGGCGUAAGAAGGAAAACACCAAGAAGGGUCCCGGGCGACCCGCCCACAACGCCCACCCGCAGACUUGUUCGGGCGAGCCGAUUCCUCCCGAAGAGAUCGAGCGCCGCGAACGAGACCGGCGUGAGAAGAAGCUCCGCAAGCAGCUCGAGCGACAGACCAAGAGACUGCAGCAGGCCAGGCUCAAACCAGGAGUGAACCUUGCCAGCCUACGCGAAACGAUCCAGCAGUCCCUCGCCGAGCUGUGGCUCGCCAACCCUUCCAAAGAACCGAGGUCCCUGGUUGGACCAGAGACGUUCAGAAUCCUGGAGACCCUAGGUUUUGACGUCAUCGACGUCCUUUCCAAGUCAACGUUCGACCCCGGACGUCAUCAAGCUACGGGUGCUUCGAGGUCUUCGGCAGACGACAGUUCUUCGGACGUACCUCAGCACAGGUUCAUGACGCUACUCUCUCCGCAAGGCAAAGCGUCCGCCUUCAGCAUCGAGAGUCUCCUAGCCUCCAGGGGGGCGUCCAAGGAGAUGCCCAAGGACGUCGGUUUCCGAAAUCCGUUAACGACGUCAUUUCCGCUGAUGGUUCAGCAGCCAAUGGGGUUCCUGGUGCGUCCCGACUCGUCCUCGCACCUUCAAGACCAUCAGCAUCAGCGAGAGCAGCAGCAGGACUGUAGUUCUUUGGACGAGGACGACUUUAGUGAUCCGGACGUUGGUUCUGUGGAAGAUGCCAGGGGACACGGGGACGUGAACGCUGUGUCCCGGGACAUGGAGGACAGUGGGGAAGUCAUCGACGGAACGGAGGACGUGUCCGAUGACGAGUCUGUGUCUGUUCAUAUCGCUGUCGAUGACGAUGGAGUGGAUGGAGACGACGAGGGAGAUGUCUGAUGGCGCUUGUUGUGGUUUGGUUGUUCUUCCUUUUCGAGUAUUUAUUGCGUGAAAUUCAAGUUUCUUUGUUCUUUAUUUCUAAAGAAGAGCUGGCGUCUCUGAGCGUUGCAAUGAAGUG